AUGGUGAGCUGAACUACUAUCUUGAACCACUCGUCGUAUCGUUCUAGCUGCUGAUCGUUCGGGCCCCGCCAUCUGAUCGUUCGGACCCCCGCCCCCACUCGACCCAUCCCCGCAGGCCACGGAUACUAAGCCUCUCCACAUUGCCUGCAUCCUGUUCCCGGGCUUCCAGCUCCUCGAUGUUUGCGGUAAGUCUCACGAUCAAGUGCGUGGUCGUCUUCACUUGGUGUCUCCGGAUCCUGAGUGAAGCACGCAUAUCGUCUCCCCCUCAGGCCCUCUGGAUCUCCUGAACGUCUUGUCGCGUACCCAGCCUAUGAAACUCUCUAUGCUGGCCUCAUCCAUGGAUCCGGUCUCGACCUUCACCAAAGUUGCCGCCAACGAGAACCACCAAUCCCUCUCCCCCACCCACACCUUCUCCUCCCCUCCUUCGGAACCCAUCGACGUCCUCUUCGUUCCAGGAGGCUUCGGCUGUCGCGCAGAUUUGACUGAAGCCGAGGAGUUCCUCAAGGCUCGAUUUGAAACGUGCCAAUAAUUGUUGACCGUAUGCACGGGAUCUGCAUUGAGUGCUCGCACGGGUAUCUUGGACGGGAAGAAAGCGACGAGUAACAAAAAGUCGUUCGAAUGGGUCAAGACUCAAGGGCCCAAGGUCGAAUGGAUCCGGAAGGCUCGAUGGGUCGCGGACGGUCGUUGCUGGACGAGUAGUGGUGUAGCCGCUGGGAUGGACAUGACGCUAGGAUGGGUCAAACACGUCUAUGGCGAGAACGUCGCCAAGCAAACGGCGAAUUUCAUCGAAUACGAAUGGAACGAGGACUCGGAGAAGGACAGGUUUGCCGAUCUCUACCUUUAG